UAAAUGAAAAUUAUGUUUAUAUGCCAAUACAAAAUGUCUAAACUCAUCUGUUAUGAACAAAAUUUAAUGAAGGAGAAUUUGUUCAUCCACAUAGAAGUUUUCUUGAAUUAAAGGGGAAAAAAACACCCUGACAAAAGAAGGGUUGGACUGAGAAACUAUACUCUCAAUACUAGAGAAAUGAGGAAAAGAGGCAAUAGGCAACAGAGAACUUUGUCCUACUCCAAGAUCCCGAAAGAAUCCCUGUCCCCUCCCCCCAGCCACCUGUCAGAAUGUUGGGUUUCAAAGAAUGAGCAGAUUAACUGAUAUUAGGAGUAGUGUGGCCUGAGCUGAGGAUAAGGAUAAUUUGCCUGAGUAACAGUACGUACUUACUCAUUACAGGCCUUCUACCCAGUAUAAUCUCUUUGCGAGGGUAGAGAACUUAGCCAAGGAGAAUUAAAACUGUUCCUAUUGGAAGGAAGUCAUAUACUAAGGAAACUACCAAAGGCCAAGAGAGAAAACCAGGAACAGAAACACACCUCCAGAGUCUGUAAGACUCAGUUGAGCAGCAUCCACCCAUAAGGAAGCCAGCAGAGAACUGUGCUAAUACCUGACUCUCAGGCUCAGCAUGUCAGGGAGAGCUGCUGUGGAUGGACACAGGCCCUGCGUCAUCGACUGAUUCACAAGGGCCACAUCAAUGGCAGACUCUGUGAGAGACACUGCCUCUAUACUCCAUUCUCCACGGAAAAAUCAAGUGGCCUUGAAAAAGGGUAAGAUAAAGUUUCAGACUUGGGCUCAGCAGAAGAAGGACUUGAGGUUGAGGCCAGUGCCAGGAUCUUCAUGUAUCAGUUUGAGGACUGUCUUUCUGUUGGUGAUUUUCCUGCCAAGCAUGUACUGUGACCUGGGAUCAGUAUACCACUCUUCCUAUGAAAUAGUCAUCCCCCAGAGUCUGGCGGUGGAGGGAAGGGAAGACCCAGAGGAAGAGGUGUCCUAUAUGCUACCUAUGCAGGGCCAGAAGCAGCUGCUUCACCUGAAGGUGAAGAGAGACUAUUUUGUGCAUAACUUUCCAGUCUUCAGCUACCACAAUGGCAUCCUGGGGCAAGCGGUGCCUUUCAUCUCCCGGGACUGUCACUAUGAGGGCUACGUAGAAGGAGUGCCAGGCUCCUUUGUCUCUGUCAACAUCUGUUCAGGCCUCAGGGGCUUCCUGGUUAAGGAAGAACAAUCCUAUGGCAUUGAGCCCAUGCACUCUUCAAAACGGUUUGAACAUGUGCUGUACACCAUGGCACAUGAAGCUCGAGUCUCCUGUAGCGUCACUUCCAACGACAGCCAAGUGGCACCCACCAGCCAGCAACCAGACAGCAGCAAGCCUCGCAGUCUGCAGGCGCCAUCCUACUUGUGGUCACACACCAAGUACGUGGAGAUGUUUGUGGUGGUCAACAACCAGCGGUUCCAAAUGUGGGGCAGUGACGCCAACGAGACCGUCCAGAGAGUGAUGGACAUCAUUGCUCUGGCCAACAGCUUCACCAGGGGAAUAAACACAGAGGUGGUGCUGGCUGGAAUGGAGAUCUGGACUGAGGGGGACCUCGCAGAGGUCCCAGUGGACCUGCGAGUUGCACUCAGGAAUUUCAACAGCUGGAGACAAGAGAAGCUCGUCCAUCGUGUGAAGCACGAUGUCGCCCACAUGAUCGUUGGACACCAUCCUAAAGAGGAUAUGGGACAGGCAUUUCUCAACGGUGCCUGCUCGAGCGAUUUUGCAGCAGCUGUUGAAUCCUUCCACCAUGAAGAUGUCCUCCUGUUUGCAGCACUCAUGGUCCAUCAGCUUGGGCACAACUUGGGUAUGCGGCACGACCACUCGGCCUGCGUUUGUAAAGACGCACACUUUUGCCUCAUGCUUGAAAAUAUCACCAAAGAAAGUGGCUUCAGCAACUGCAGCUCCGACUUCUUCCACCAGUUCCUCUGGGAACACAAAGGAGCCUGCCUAUUUAACAAGCCUGGGCACAAACGCCGCUUACGCAGGAAUGGCCGGUGUGGCAAUGGUGUUGUGGAAGACGAUGAGCAGUGCGACUGUGGUUCUGACUGUGACAUUCACCCGUGUUGCGACCAAACGUGUAGGCUGAAGCAGAAUGCAGAGUGUAGUGAUGGACUCUGCUGUGAUAAAUGCCGACUGAAAUAUAAGGGAUUCCCGUGCCGUCCUGCUUUGGGAGAGUGUGACCUCCCAGAGUAUUGUGAUGGUUCUUCUAGAGAAUGCCCCCCCGACAGCUAUAAGCAAGAUGGUACAAUGUGUGAGAGAAUUCACUACUGCGCUCGAGGUCGGUGUAAGAACCCUGAUAACCAAUGCAUGGAUAUAUUUGGGUUCCCUGCGAGGUCUGCCCCAGAAAACUGUUACAUUUCAAUGAACAGAAGAGGGGACCGGUUUGGGAACUGUGGUAUUACCACCUUACCUAGGUCAAGUUAUGUGAAGUGUGUAGAUGAUCAUAUAUUUUGUGGGAAACUUGUUUGUACAAAUGUUAAACAGUUACCACAAAUCAAACCAAAUCAAACACUGAUCCAGGUUCCUCACGAUGAUGACAUCUGCUGGAGCGUGGACAUCUAUAACAUCACCGAUGUCCCUGAUGAUGGAGCUGUGCAAGCUGGCACCCUUUGUGCUCCACAGAAAGUCUGCAUUAAUCACUUAUGCACUGAUUACACCGUGCUUGAGUACAACUGUGAGCCAGCAGAAAUGUGUAAUGGGAAAGGAGUUUGCAACAAUUUUAGGCACUGUCAUUGUGAAGCUGGCUAUGCACCCCCUGACUGCAGAUAUCCAGGAAAUGGUGGUAGUGUAGACAGUGGUCCACCUGGCAAAUCAACUGAAAUUCAAAGUGAAGAUGUAGGUGGUGGCGGUGUUAUUCAACACAGGAGUGACUUUACAAGUAUUAACAAGAUUGUAUUCAUACUCCCUGUUUUUCUUUUGUUACUUUUGUUAGUUUUAAUAAUUUUUAUUACCAUUAGAACUGGACUUGAGUCAGUAGAGACCCCAGGGCGUACCUCAGAGCAGAGUUCAGAGGAGACCACGAGUGAGGCAUUCUUCACGGAGUUCCUACCAGUGGGGCCAGUGGAGGACUGGAUAGAGGGGGAACAACCAGAAGAGAAGGCGCCCCCACCAGAGGAGGCCCCCCCACCCCCGGAAGCUCCACCACCAGAAGCCCCACCACCGGAGGCCCCACCACCAGAGGCCCCACCGCCAGAGGCCCCACCGCCAGAAGCCCCGCCACCAGAGGCCCCACCGCCAGAAGCCCCACCACCAGAGGCCCCACCACCAGAAGCCCCACCACCAUAAGAGACAGAAGGUGAAAGACAAGAUAACCAAAAGCAGAAGUGAAUUGGAGGAAGACUACAAAAAUAUCAAAUACCUCAAGCACUAAGUGGAAAUGAAAGGCUCAGCAAAGCAAAAAUGACAUGAGAAGUGAUGGCUCCUGUGGCUCUAAAAUAUACAGACUACAGAAAAAUACUAACAUGGAAACAGAGCCCCUCCCCAACCCUGAUUUCAGUAUUCAUUUUAUUAAUUUGGUUAUACAUUCAUAUAUGAAAUCAUAUGAGAUAUUCUA